AUGGAACACUCUGGUUCACCUCUGACCCCCGACCUCAAUGAUACUACAGCCAAUGACAGCCUGUGGUGGGGGCUGGGGUCGCCCCUCCCCUCAGCCCCUAGCAGACAGCUGGGCACCUUGCCCAACGCUCAGACCCGCUUCAAGGACCUGUCAGGGAUAUUGUUCAUGGUGACCCUGAACGUGGUGGCCCUGCUGGCUAACACAGCCGUGCUGGUGGUGGUGGUCAAGGCCCCACACCUCAGGUACUUGGUACUUUUUUGAUUUGAUUAAUUUUUUACCCGUUAAUAACACAAUUCAACCACAAUGCAUAAUCAACAAGGAUAACCAAAAAGUGUAACAAUUUAUUGCCAUUGUGGUCCUCAUUUUGGCCAGCGGGCAGGUUAAAUAUACACCAGAUUACAAAUACAUAAAAACAGAUCCAUGAUAAAAGGAGCUUGUGUCCCCUAUGAUUUUCUAUUGCACAAUUCCCUUGUUUCUAUUGCUUAUACUAUUGAAUUUGAGUUUUUAACUUAUGGAAUCUAUUAGAUACUGUAUCUCAUGUAUUCCACUUGUUUCACCAGACAUCAGUAAAUUCAAUUUGUUGUAAUGAAUGCAUCAUGUGUGUAUUGUUUCCUCUCUGGGGAUUAAUACAGUUAAUUCCAUUCAAUUCAGGAAGUUUGUCUUUGUGUGCCACCUGUGUGCGGUGGACCUGCUGUGUGCCGUGCUGCUCAUGCCCCUGGGCAUUGUGUCCAACUCGCCGUACUUUGCCAGCGUAGUGUUCACAGUGCUGGAGUGCCAGGUUUACGUCUUCCUCAACGUGUUCCUCAUCGCAGGUACAGUACAAGGGACAGACAGAAAUUAGGGCUGCAUCCGAAAUGGAACCCUAUUCUGUAUAUAGUGCACUACUUUUGACCAGAGCUUUGGUCAAAAGUAGUGCACAAGGCCUAUACUCUGGAUAGGGUUCCAUUUCGGACACAUGGCCUUUAAUCAAUCGAUGAUUUUAUUGUUAUUUUACACAUUCUUAGUGUUUUUUUAUGUUCUUAUAUUCAUCUCUUUUGUACAGUAUCUUCUGUUUAUUUUUAUCACUUUAAUUUGAUUGUUGUACUGUGUGUAGCAACAAGUUUGAUUUUAAUUACAGCCUCCAUCCUCACCAUCACGGCCAUCAGCGUGGAGCGCUACUACUACAUCGUCCACCCCAUGCGCUACGAGGUGAAGAUGACCCUGAAGCUGGCCUCAGCUGUCAUGGUCCUGGUCUGGGUGGCCUCAGCCCUGCUGGGGCUGGCCAAUGUGUUCGGCUGGCCCAGCUACAGCAGCCUGAGCUCCGUCAGCGCCGCCCACUGCUCCCUCCACUGGAGCCACAGCGGCCACCACCGGGCCUUCUCUGUCCUCUUCACAGUGGCCUGUUUCUGCCUGCCUACUGCGGUCAUCUUCACUGUGUACUGUAACGUCUAUAAAGUGGCCCGCGUGGCGGCUAGACAGCAUGGACUGUUACCCUCCUGGACGGCCAGUCAUCCUAAACACCGCUCGGACUCCAUCAGCAGCCAGUCCACCAUCAUCACCACCCGCAGCGCCCCCAGGAGGCUGCACCACCACAGGCCCUUCGGCGGGGGCAAGGCCGCCCUUACCCUGGUGGUCAUUGUGGGCCAGUUCCUGCUCUGCUGGCUGCCUUACUUCUCCUUCCACCUGCACCUGACUAUCAACAACCCACCCAAAGUCCCCGCCGACCUGGAGGAGACCAUCACCUGGCUGGCGUACUCCUCCUUCGCCGUCAACCCUUUCUUUUACGGGCUGCUGAACCGCCAGAUCAGGGAGGAGCUGUGUAAGCUACGGCGCUGCUACUCCGCCCAGCCCGUCGAGCUGGCCAUAUCCAGCGGCCACGAGGGCUCGGCCCACGAGAACUUCCUGCAGUUCCUCCAGAGGACCAGCUGUACGGUGGAGACCAGAGCCAGCUUCACCUGCACAUCCAGCCCCAGGAAAACCCUGGACCAGACUGGGCAGCAGACGGCUGGCUUCAGGAUACCUGGGCAGAUACCUGAGGAUUUCAGUUAA